AUUCAACCAGUCAAGACGUAGUGCUGCAGAAUUCAACACCUGAAAGUGGAUGGAUUUGAAGGCCGUGGACAUUGUUGGCUGCGCAAAUGGUGAGGGAACUCGAAGCUGUACGUCGCACGAAGUCUGCGGCAAUAGCUUGUCAGUAGACGACGUGGUUGUUUUUCGUUGUGAGGUGGUGUGGGGGCACGGUGACCAACUCCAAGAAGCAAUCAAGGUGUACAAGAUUGUUGGAGUGGAGCAGCUUUGCCACAUUGGAUUCCUCCCCCGUCGACUGCUUACCUGCAAAACCAAGUUCGCGAACAAGCUGGCCGUUGUUGUGGAAGACUACAGAGUCGCAUUAAGCGUGUCUAAGCGUAAUCGCUCAGAUAGAUGCCAUGGUAUUGUCAAGGCAGUGCUAAUGGAACAUGUUGAAGAGUACAAUAGAUCAUAAUAGUUCAACAACAUUGACUUGCAUUGUAUGUAUUACUACUAACGUUAUUGCAUCCCACAAGCGCGGAAUGCAUUCUUAACCAUAUCAGGUGUGAUGGCAUCCCACGACGCCUGGAUCCACUCCAAGAUGAGUUUUCGAUCUGGCGAUUUCACCUUUUCCUUUCCAAGCAUAUUUCGGGCAGCCCAAAGCAUGUACGUAUUCCGGAUUCGAUCUUUGAAUGGCUUGUUAAUAGCGACAUCCAACGGCUGCAAAACGCAAGUAAAUCCGCCUAGAGAGGGAUUUGUAAAGUUAGAAAAUUUCCUACAAAAACAUACACGAUAAGCAUUCACGAAAAUAC